AGUUGCGCGCAUGCGUGCGAAGUCAUUUAGAGGCUAUUAUUACAAACACAAUCGUAAUAUUACACACACUAGUGUUCCGGCGAGCUCGGAAUGUAAACGUGUGUCUGAUGUUUUACAAAAUAAAUAUUUUAUUCUGUGUUUACGUACUUCCUGAGUAUUGAAGUGAAUAAAAUAUCCAAAAUGAAUUUAAAGGCAGCGCUCGCCAUUACUAUGGUGUUUGUUGGAUGUUGUUCCAACGUAGUUUUUUUGGAGUUUGUCGUCAAAGAGGACCCCGGAGCCGGUAACCUAGCGACCUUCCUGCAGUUUGUAUUCAUAGCUACGAUUGGGUUCUGUACCGUCGGCAAAUUCGGUAUGGCCAAACGAAAUAUACCGUUUAGGCAGUAUCUACUCCUGGUUGGGUUCUUUUGGACGAGCAGCGUCGCCAACAACUACGCCUUCGACUUUAACAUCGCGAUGCCGCUGCACAUGAUCUUCCGAGCUGGUUCUCUAAUGGCCAACAUGGCCAUGGGCGUUUGGAUCCUCAAGAAGCGGUACCCACCGCUGAAAUACCUGGCCGUGUUUAUGAUUUCUGCCGGCAUAGCCAUUUGCACCAUUCAGUCUAGCGGAGACGUGAAGGCGCCUCGCAAAACCCACGAGGACGCUGCCGAAGAGGAGAAACUGAAGUUCAUCGACUGGCUGUGGUGGUGUUUGGGUAUUGCCAUACUGACCUUCGCCUUAUUCGUCUCGGCUCGGAUGGGAAUCUUUCAAGAGUCGCUUUAUUCGAAGUACGGAAAACACCCGUGGGAGGCAUUAUACUACACGCAUCUUUUGCCAUUGAUGUUCUGGUUGCCGACCGCUUCGAAUCUGAUCGGACACGUCGAAAUCGCGACAGAAACCCCUGCCGUCGAGUUCUUAGGGUUCAUUUUGCCACGACAAGUUCUGUGGCUGUUGCUGUACGUUUCGACUCAGGGUCUGUGUAUUAGCGCGGUCUACGUUUUGACAACCGAAUGUGCGUCGCUGACAGUGACGUUAGCUGUCACUUUGAGAAAGUUCGUGUCGCUUCUGUUCUCUAUAAUGUACUUCAGGAAUCCCUUCACUUUAGGGCACUGGAUAGGGACAUUGCUAGUGUUCGUCGGUACGUUGAUAUUCACGGAGAUAUUGCAGAAAUGCUUGGCCGUGUUUACUACAGACGAUAAGAAGAAAAAAUAAAUUUAGUAUGUAUAGCCCGACUAAAUAUGAGGCCGUCAGCGCAAAGGUGGGUUAAACUUACCAUACUUAUUAUGGAGCAAUGAGGCUUAAGUUUUCAUGAAUUUGAAUAGACAAAAAAACAAUACGCGCAAUAAUAAUGUUUACAAAGCUAUCUGUUGUCUUUGGGUGAAACUAUGGCUGGCCGGUUUUGCAUCAAAAUUUAUUAUAUAAUAAAUAAAUUGCAAUAUACAUAACUAUAAACAUGAUUAUGAAAAAUUGUUGGUUUGGUUAUUUUUGCGCUGACGGCCUCAUUUUAAGAUUUCGAUGUGCCAGAUUAAGAAACAACUUUUUAAAUAUCGGUACAGUUAAUCUAAUGCGAGUCGACUUAGGAUUCGCAAGUGCGUUUAUUAUCGUAAAAGUAUUUUAGUUUAAAUUAUUUUAGUUUUAAGACACAAAGGCAAAUGUUCCGUUGUUAAAUAUUAUCAAUGAUGUUUAGUUUGGUAUAUUUACUUACACUUUUUUACAUUAAAAAAAUAAUAUUGAAAAAAUAUUUAAUAAUAUUAAAACAUGAACUCGUAUUGAUGGAAUGUUUACUACUAGAGUAGAAUUAUUUUGUCCGCGCAGUUUGGGGUCAUAAAAAAUCGGAGCGGUGAAGCGAGUAUUUCGCUCUCUCUUCCACUCAGGAGCCUAUGGACGGGCAUAGUGAUGCGCAUUAUUGUUGUCGAUGAGCGUUAUCGAUAGUGUAUUUAGUUUUGUCAUUUGAUAAAAAUGAAAGAAAAAAUCACUAAUCGAACACUUACACCACAUAUCGCCGCAACAAGUUAACGAGGACGGCAGAAACUAACACUUUGUAACAUUUCGGGAUCUAUUCUCAUUUCAGUUUUUAACACAUUAUUGAUAAUAACGUAUGUUUGUGCUGGUAUAUUUUUGCCAAGAAAGCAAAAUAUUUGAUAAAUUCUGCCAUUUUGGUACAAAACAAAGGAGUAGCCUUGUGUCACUAAAGAGAUUCAGAGAGCAAAUGCAUAAAAUCACAUUUCUCUUCGACAUAUGUACUAUAAUUUCGAUGCCUCCAAUGAACACUACUCUAACUCAAAAUUUUGAAAUUUUCGUUUUUCACGCAAAUCGCUUCACUGUUUUAAAAGUAUUACAAAUUAAUGGGGUUCGAAGCAAGAGUAAAUCACCUAGUCACACAAGAAAAAACCAUAAAAUAUUUAUUAUUGCAGAUAUAUUUAUCAACUUUUUUCGUUUAAACUCUCCUCUUGUAAACCUACGAAUUUGGAGUUAGAAUAGUGUUCAUUGGAGGCAUCGAUUUGUAGGUAGGUACAAUAAAUGACUCAUAACAUAACAAUGUCUCACCACCCUUCGUAUACCACUCCGGCGCCGUGUACAUGCCUUCGAUGACUCGUUUGUUUUUAUCGAUAAUGCCGUUGCGCCCGCGCAACUUGCUCAUCGCCCUAGCCGGCCUAUGUUUAAUGACCCAAACUGCACGGACAAAAUAAUUCUACUAUAGACUCCUUUGCUUCUAAUCUCCUUUAUGUCUGACAUCUAUUUGACGUUUACGCGAUUUUAUAAACCCUCACUAGAGUUAGACGCGCCAGUUGAUCUGGGCCACAUCGUAUCAGUGUCUCUUUAUCUCUUCUGUAUCUCUUUCUAAUGCGAACGUUGAAAGAAGAUGAACGAUUUACGGGUUCUAAUGCGUGUGCGUUCGGAAGCUUGCCUAAGUAUAUUAAGUUUAUAGCAUUUCAUUAAGCGGGCUGAAGCUUUACGAUUUCAAGUCAAACGUCUUACAGAAAGUAAGACUAUGAUCAAACUUCUAAACUUGAUAUGAGAUCAAGAGUGGUAAUAUUAAUUAUAAGUUAGUAAAUUAUUUCUGUUAUUUAAUGUGACAUUAAGAAAAAAAUACCUUUGUGAAUAUAUGCAUAAUAUUAUUACAUAAUUAAUUUUAUUUUUUUGCUUGUAAUUGUUUAAUCGUAAGUAUUGUCGUCAGCUGAAAUAAAUUAUGAAUCAUAUCUUGGAAAAGACAAUUCAAUGAUAAAAUGUUUUUUUUUACUUUCAUUACGUUGACAAAUAACUAUUUGCUUACGGCUUUGCUUUACGGGUUUUUUUUACGACGUUUGACUAAAUGUGAUGUGCAUAUUAAUCCUCAAAUAAGUUAUGCAUAUCAUAAAAAGAAAUGAAUACAAUAUUGAUUAAAAAAAAGUAGGUUAUCGUAGGUUGUCCGUACGAACUACGGACAUUGCGUUUUAAAGAUACAUGAUAUCAAAAAUCAAUGACGCGGUACAGAUAAUACAAUAAAAUAGGUACUAGGUACGAGUAAUCGUGAUAUUUUUCUCCCAUUACAAUUAAAUCCAAUAAUACGUCCAUAAAUUUUUUCUCAUGGUAGUUUAAAAAAAACCCCGGCAAUAUAUCAUACACUUUCAUCGGACUCCUGUAUUAUCGGAUCCGGAGACUGACAUACGUAUUUAUUAACGUUUGAAUCUACACACAUAUCGAGGGAUGAAGGCUAUUUCGUUUAAGCGAUGUUUCGCUUAAAAAGCGACAUUUAUCUUUGUAAUUAAAGGUCCGCUUUAUUCGUUAUUAGCAUCAACAAUUCGAUGUUUUGACGUGACAACGUCUUCGAUGGAGCCGGUUGCAUGCACGAAAAAACAUGACUCAUGCAGCGUUACCUCGCUCUGAGGCGCUCCAUUUAAGGCUUGAAGUGCAAGCGAGAGCGCGCGACGAGCGACAAAGAGACACAAUCGGCCUCCGCGUUCGGCAGCGUUCGACAUCUGUCUCUCUCCUACUUGAGUGACCGAUGCAACCGCGUGGACAGCUGCUAUACGCAGCUGUUUUACAUGUUUUCGUCAAGUAUGAAGUUCAGUGAAAAGUGAAUGUGGUCUCAAUUGUUUAUAGCAACGAUAAUUGCGAUAAUUUAAAAAUGAAACCAUUCCAUCAGUAUUUUCUUAUGACGUCACGUUCAACUAUCGUUAGUAAACCGACUUUACAGACAACCGAUUUUUUAAUUGAACUCCAAUUAUGUUUGGAGGAUCCAGGCUAUGGAAUGAGCUCCCCUCCACGGUGUUUUCCGAGCGCUAUGACAUGUCCUUCUUCAAACGAGGCUUGUGGAGAGUAUUAAGCGGUAGGCAGCGGCUUGGCUCUGCCCCUGGCAUUGCUGAAGUCCAUGGGCGACGGUAACCACUCACCAUCAGGUGGGCCGUAUGCUCGUCUGCCUGCAAGGUCAAUAAAAAAAAAAUGUUUACUCCAAACAGCUGAAGAAAUUUUCAUGUCAUAAUAUUUUAAUAAAUUUCAAAGAUUAAAUGGCUCUCUUGUAAAGUUGCAGAAAUGACGCUCAAACGAAAUUGCAUUACACAUCUCCCUAUAGAUAUCUAUUAAACACCUAGACAACGAGAGGAAACAAAUCAGUUUAUCACACGAAUAUUUGCCCAAUCUGAGAAUCGAGGCCACGACUCCUGUCCCAGCAAUCAAAGCCAAUUAUUACUGCACCAUAGACUCAAAUUCAUAAAAUUCCAAUUAAAUCGUGGGAUAGUCAAGACAAUCUAUACUCUAUACUAAUAUAUAAAUCUACAGUGGUUUUUACGGAUGUUCCAUUAUAACUACUGAACCAUGCAUCCGAUUGCAACUUGAUAUCCAUGUAGAAAAUACAUGUACUUAAUGGAUAGGCUAAUAUUUGUAUGAGUGUUGGACUCCCUACACCAGUUGCGGGGGCGUUAAUGAUGAGAAUCUUUGUGGGGGUGAGAAAUAAUAAUGUUAAUUUUUAAAUGUCCAGUGAAACGGACGGAUUACUACCCGUCACAGAAUCGCGACCUACUGGGAAUAUUACCCGUCAUUAUACUAGCUACUGCUAGUAUACUCAUAAGUUUACGAAUUCAAUGUCAACGCAGCAUAUUAGUUUCUUUGUUAAAUAGCGCACAGACCUGUGUGAGACAAUCACAAUGUACGAGGUUGGGUCAUAGAAUUGCUGCCUCAAACAGCGGUCCGCCGGCUAUUGUGCAGUGAAGACUUUGACCUCAUAUUUCAAGAUGUCCACUGGCAAUUUAUGCCUGAAAUACUGCAGCGCUUUGGACGGUAACCAUUUUACUUUUAGUGGUAAUUCGAUGAAUAACUCUGUGUGCUUAGUGCGAGUUUUUUAACAUUCUCGAUAGCGUAAAAGUUAGUUCAUCUAAUACAUAAAAUUCUCGUGUCACGAUGUUCGUUCCCAUACUCCUCCGAAACCGCUUGACCGAUUCUCAUGAAAUUUUUUAUGCAUAUUCAGUAAGCCUGAGAAUCGGCUACUAU